ACCUGUGAUCUCUGCUGGCUGUGUAUCCGCGACACUAUAACACCCGCUGCCUCCCAGAUCGAAUAAGAGUGAGGACUGCUGUGAUAACAACUCAUUUUCCAAGCGUUGUUGAGAUUUGACCAUUUACAGAACGCCCACAAUGUCAGCAUCUCUAAUUGGACUUGCUUUUGUCCUGCUCGCCUUUCCGGAGCACGCUGUGAUGAGUACACCAUUUCGCAACAGCUCAGAAACUGCAUAUUUGGGUUCAGCAUCCAUCCAUCAGGCUCUUCAGAGAGCCAUUGAGCUGACUGAUGCUGCUUAUGCCCACACAUCUGAGAGGGUGAAGAAGUCUUAUACUGAAGGUGCCCUCAAACCCAGUGACCUACUGGCCCAGUUUAAACAGAUUGAAACCAGAACCCGGACUCACAUCCGAGCUGCUGAGCUGCUGGACAACACAGUGGAGCUGAUCCGAGAGAUGGUCUACACCAACACGAUGAUGCAGCCCAAGCCGUAUGAGCUUUUGAGUGAAGGAGACGUGGAGAAUCUGCUGCAGAUGAGCGGUUGCUCAGCUGAGCUGCACACCCUCAGCUGUCAGACAGACUGCAUGUCUGAGCGCUACAGGUCCAUCACAGGUGAAUGCAACAACAGACAACAUCCAAGAUGGGGCGCCGCAAACAUCCCAUAUUCCCGCUGGCUGCCUCCGGAAUAUGAGGAUGUGUGGGGGACGCCCAGAGGCUGGGACCCUGAACACACCUACCAUAACGUCAGCCUGCCUCCUGUAAGGCUCGUGUCGCAGGAAGUGCUGUUUACUCACAACGAUAAAAUCUCUAUGGACUCCACUCUGUCCCACCUGCUGGUGGACUGGGGUCAGUGGAUAGACCACGACAUGGUGCUGACCCCUCAGAGUCCCAGCACAUCCGUCUUCAAGACGGGCGCCGACUGCACCCGCAGCUGCAGCCGGGACUCGCCCUGCUUCCCCAUUCAGAUUCCGCUAUCCGAUCCUCGCAGCGGCGUCCAGAGCUGUAUGCCUUUCUUCCGUUCUGCUCCCAGCUGUGAUAACGGAGUCCUGCCUCCUCGCCAGCGGGAGCAGCUCAACGCCAUCACCUCCUUCGUAGAUGCCAGCAUGGUGUACGGCAGCUCCCCCGGCUUGGCCUCUGCUCUCAGGAACCACUCGUCUCCUCUGGGCUCCAUGGCCCUCAACUCCCGGUACUGGGAUGAGGAGUUGCCGUACAUGCCGUUCCUGUCCCGGGUGCAGGCUCACCUGGACCCCUGCGGUCCCCGUAACUCCUCCACUGAGGGGGCGUCGAGCAGAUCGGCACUCAGGGAGAACACCACUUCAUGCUUUCAGGCCGGAGAUUCAAGAGUCAAUGAACAUCUGGGACUGAUUGUGCUGCACACACUCUUUCUGAGAGAGCACAACCGGCUGGUGAAGGAGCUGCAUCAGCUUAACCCUCACUGGAGUCCCGAGACCCUCUAUCAGGAAGCGAGGAAGAUCAUCGGAGCCAUCCACCAGAUCCUAACCUGGGAGCACUACCUACCACUGGUACUUGGUCAGAGCGCCAUGUCCCAACUGAUGCCCCGCUACCAGAGGUAUGAUCCAGACGUUGACCCAAGCAUUGCCAACACGUUUGCUACGGCGGCGUUCCGUUUUGCUCACGUAACUGUUCAGCCAGUAGUGAAUCGUCUGGGUCCAGAUUACACCUUUAACCCCGAGUAUCCCCCUCUGCCUCUGCAUCACUCACUGUUUGCUUCCUGGAGGGUCAUACAGGAAGGUGGUAUCGACCCAGUGCUGCGAGGCAUGCUGCUGUCUCCCGCCAAGCUGCAGACUGCAGGUCAGAUGAUGGUGGAGGAACUCACAGAAAGGCUGUUUCAGGCACAGGGGGGGAUGCCUCUGGACCUUGGGGCCCUGAACCUGCAGAGGGGCCGGGACCACGGCCUGCCUGGGUACAGCUCAUGGCGCCAGUUCUGUAAUCUUUCUGUUCCCAACACGAUGUCAGAUCUGGCCGAAAUUUUGGGGAACCUCACUUUGGCUCGUAAAUUGGAGCUUUUAUAUGGAACCCCACACAACAUCGACGUGUGGGUCGGGGCCAUAUCUGAGCCGGCUCUGCCCGGAGGACGAGUGGGACCGCUCCUGUCCUGCCUCCUGACCAUACAGUUCAGAGCACUGAGAGACGGGGACAGGUUCUGGUGGGAGAGAAAUGGAGUUUUCACCAGAACCCAGAGGAGACACCUGCACAACGUCUCCCUGUCCCGCAUCAUUUGUGACAACAGCCACAUCAGCCGUGUCCCUGUGGACCCGUUUUCACGCACCGAGAGUCCUGAAGACAUGCUGGCCUGUUCCCACCCACUCAUCCCCCAUCUGGACCUCGGCCCCUGGAAAGAGCCUCACACAGAUCCCGUCUGUGGCCCGAUACCCAGGAUUCACUCUGGCUACUCUCUGCUCUGCAACUUCACCAUCCUUUAUCAGUGUCAGGUUGGAUUCAGGCUGCUGGGCUCUGCAUCCAUCAGCUGUGAUGCAGAGAGCCAGAAGUGGAGCUCCCCGCCUCCAAUGUGUCAAGAUAUUAAUGAGUGUGAGGAUCUGAUUUCUUCUUGUCCACAACAUCUGGAAUGCUUUAACACGGCAGGUUCCUUCAUUUGCUCAGAGCCCUCCCCGCUGUCUGCUGUCUCCAUCGUGGCUGCAGUGAUAGUGGUGAUGGUUGGUGCAGCCGGCCUGGUGCUGCUCCUGAUCUGUUAUCGAAGAUAUUUCCCAAAGUCUGAAGAGUUGAUCUCCGCUGAAUGUAGGCAGGAGAAGAGUUGACCCCUUUUAUUCUGUUUUCAUAUUAAUCUGACUAUUCCGAUGGUAAAUGUUGUCCCUUUUAUAAAUAAUGUUUCCACUAAGUUGUCGCUUGAUUGUAAGCCCCUCCCCACAUGUGAUGUCACGUUUUGUCCCCAUGUUACGACAGCGUCCAUUCAUAAAUCCCCGGGUCAAACUACUCGUACUCGUCUCCGGCGGUUUGUGUAAACAAGUCAUGAAAACAGAAGCAGUUUUAAUCCGGAAACUGGAAAUCUUACAGGAACGAUUGCUCCAAAAACAGAUUUCCUAGUCUUAGUGUGACUGAGCCUGCUUACCGCUUACAAACCUGUUGGGAAACCGCGGGCCAGAAUGUUUUCCUGUCAGGGUGACCGGAGAAGAGGCAGCCUGAGACCUCAUGGCAACACAAACAUGUCUGCCGUAUUGUCCACGCUUGAUUGCCUGCAUGCUGUCCAGUCAAGAUUUUUUUUAUAGUUGACAAAUGAGCCAACCAAUUCACCACUUUACAUGUCAUUUUGCAUUAUUUAUUAAACCAAUAGAACCUUGGACAAAGGAAAAGCUAUAAUCAAACUAUCAGACAGAUACUAACUAGUGCCUCUUGUUUCUACUCAUGCUAUGAUAUUCUGUUAUUUUUAUCUACUGAACAGGUUGUCACUUUUUGAGGUCAAGUAAAUAUAUAGUAAGCACCAUAUAUUGUCACCAGAAGAACUUUUUUUUACCUUCUGGAAGUAUUAAUGUUACAUAGAGAAACUACUCUGAAAAGUGUUUAUUUGUAUCAAAUUUUUACAUCUAAAUACCAGAAUUUGCUCAAAACUUUACAUAUUUAACAUCAUGAAUUAGAUGUUACUCGGUACGUGAGCAUUCUUGGAUGGCUACUUUUUACGUUUUACUCUCCUUGACAAGCUGUUGACGUGAAACUGCACCUUAAUGUUUCGAUGAUGCAAUAUUUAAACACUCCUUGUGGGUGAAGUAAUUAAGGUGGGGUGAAGAUUAAGUCGCUGUGCUUAAAGAGGUGAAAUGGCAAUUACUUAUCGAGACUCUAUGUUACACUGUGAAUCAAGUGUGACCCAGAACAGACAUUUUUCCUUUGUAUGUUCACAGUACAUGCAUAGUUAGUAUUAGUGAGAAAGUUUAUAGUUUUGAAAAAUUUUCAGGCCAAAAUUCUAGACUUUUCUGAAGAUUUCCAGAGCUUGAGGCAAGUCAUUUGCACUUACCUCAAAACAUAAAAUACUACAGGUUUCCUGUAAAUUUAUGGUAAAUGUUUCUACGGCUUUAGCGUCUAAUGAAAAUAUCUAAGAAGCAAACAGGGAGGAAGGACACAAGAAAGAAGUGGAGGUAGAAAAUAAACAGAACUAGAACAAAACAAUUGAAAGGUGCAGGACGGUCGGGCAAAAGGAAGGAAGGUAAGACAUAAAGACACAAAUAAAAGAAUAAAGAGCAUAAAAAAGGAGAAAGGGAACAAGGAUCCAACAAAAGGCAGAAGGGAAAGAUGUGGAAUAAAGUUACAUUAACAAGUCCA